AUGAGCGAGGCUUCGGCCAAAGCCGGAAGUACGAAUAGAAAUGAAAAUGCAUCGGGUGGCGGGGGGGGAAGAAGUGAAAAUACAUCCGGUAGUGGCGGAAGAAAUGAAAAUACAUCCGGUGGUGGCGGAAGAAAUGAAAAUACAUCCGGUGGUGGCGGAAGAAAUGAUAAUGCAUCGAAUAAUAGUAAAAGUGGAAGCACGGACGGUAGAAGAGCUGGUACCUCAAAUGAUGAUUCUUCUAUGGAUCCUCUAAAUCAAGAAGGUCUUGCAGUUCAUAAUGAAUAUAGAAAAAAACAUGGAGUUCCGCCUUUGGUCUUUAGCAAACAACUCGCACAAUACGCACAAGAAUGGGCAAAUUAUUUGGCCAAAAAUGAAAAAUUCGAACAUAGAAAAGAGAGAAAAUAUGGUGAAAAUUUGUACACGUUCCAAUCUAGUGACCCCCAAAGAAUUGCAACGGCAUCGGAAGCGUGUAAAAGUUGGUACGACGAAAUACAAAAAUAUAAUUUUGAUUCGGAAGAUUCAUCACUUUCUUCAGGACAUUUCACACAAAUGGUUUGGAAAAGUUCAAAAGAAGUCGGAAUGGGAUAUGCAAAAGGAAAAUCUGGAAUGCAAAUAAUUGUAGCAAAUUACAAUCCUCCAGGAAAUUACGUAGGAAUGUAUAAAAGCAACAGCGUGAAUUGGAAAAUGGAAGGAAAGAUGGAAGGAAAGUUGAUGGCUUUAAAAUUUCUUUUUUAA